UCUUUCUAUUAAUGGUUGGACAAUUAAUCCUUUCCACUAUAUUUAGAGAUGCUUUGAUCCUUUAUAUCUUCUCAAUUUACAGCUUAUUCUCUAAUAGGAGUCCUACCAAAUGGCCGAUGAAGAAGGUGAUAUGCCCUGACAUCUUUCGUUUUGACUUCUUACUGUCAUCCUUAUAUGAUUCUUUUUCAUUUUCUUCCUCCCUCUCCUCUUCUUUCAGGUUCUUCGAUUCUGGAUGACUCUCCGAUCGAGCAAGUUCGGUUGACAGUCCCACCAACAGAUGAUAACACAUUGCAGGUCUUGACAUUCCGAACAUGGCUUAUCGGAAUCCCCAUUUGCAUCCUCGGGUCCGUAAGUGCAGCAUUAUCCUUUUACCGACAGCAAAUGUUCUAUUUUUCACAUGUCUGCAUCAACAUGAUGGUGUUCAUUGCUGGGAAACUAAUGGCUAACAUGCUACCGAACAAAGUGAUAAGAAUGCCAUACACAAACUGGAGUUUCUCGUUGAAUCCGGGACCCUUCAACUUGAAAGAACAUGUGGCGACCACCAUGUUGGCCGGCAGGGUAAGUGCUUCUGCCGGCUUUGAAAUAUUAACCAUAUCCAAGAUCUACCACAAGGAUAUCCCGUUACUGCCGGCCAUACUGCUGGUACUAUCGAUUCAGUUUCUCGGAUAUGGGUUUGCUGGCAUAUUCAUGAAGUUGCUAGUGCACUCGCCCUAUAUGUGGUGGCCUUCGACUCUAGUAGACGUCGCCUUCUACAGGUUUGAUAUGGAACGAUUUUCCCUCGGACCCAAGCGCUUCGAUCAGCAAAGGAGUACUUGCGCUCUGCCUCCUAGUGCUCGCUCGCGGAUGAGGGCCCGGUACUCAUCGCCUGCCAUUGUUGUCCUCCGACUUGGUCGGCGAAGCUCGAGUACAGGCCUUCCGUCUACGGGUAGGCAUUCGGGUCGUAUCAUUCCCUAGCCAGGCACAAGGCCAGCCAUCGGAAGCCUAACAGCAAUGUCGAGGAAGCCUCGCCUCGGGCUCUUCCAUGACUAGCGCAAGCGCCUUCUUCCAGCCUCCGGUGGCGGCAGGGUGCUCAGGGUGCCUGAAUACGUUUCCCUUGGGGCAAGCGCUGGGGGGCACAAGAGGUGCCACAACGACGGGAGCGUCGGCAGCGUC